CAGGAGGCGCCACAUCCGGCGGCUGCCCCGUGGUGCAUAAAGCCGACGCCGCUGGGGCCACCACCGCAGUUGGUUUCCAGCAGCAGCUCUGGCCUCUUCUCGGCUGCGGGAGCAGCUUCUCCAAUGCCCCAGAGCGGCCAUGAGCUCCCCGCACUGGUGGGACCAGCUGCGGGCUGGCAGCUCGGAGGUGGACUGGUGCGAGGACAACUACACCAUCGUGCCUGCCAUCGCCGAGUUCUACAACACGAUCAGCAACGUCUUGUUUUUCAUUUUACCGCCCAUCUGCAUGUGCUUGUUUCGUCAAUAUGCAACAUGCUUCAACAGUGGCAUCUACUUAAUAUGGACUCUGUUAGUUGUAGUGGGAAUUGGAUCCGUCUACUUCCAUGCAACCCUUAGUUUCCUGGGUCAGAUGCUUGAUGAACUUGCAAUCCUUUGGGUUCUGAUGUGUGCUCUGGCCAUGUGGUUCCCCAGAAGGUAUCUACCAAAGAUCUUUCGGAAUGACAGGGGCAGGUUCAAGGCGGUGGUCUGCGUCCUGUCUGCAGUUACAACGUGCCUGGCGUUUGUCAAGCCUGCCAUCAACAACAUCUCUCUGAUGACCCUGGGGGUUCCUUGCACGGCGCUGCUCGUCGCUGAGCUAAGGAGGUGUGACAACGUGCGUGUUUUUAAGCUGGGCCUCUUCUCGGGCCUCUGGUGGACCCUCGCCCUCUUCUGCUGGAUCAGUGACCGGGCCUUCUGUGAGCUGCUGUCGUCCUUCCACUUUCCCUACCUGCACUGCGUGUGGUUGUGCCGGGUCUUAGUUGCGGCAUGCGGGAUCUUCAUUGCGGCAUGCAGACUUCUAAGUUGCGGCAUGCGUGAGGGAUCUAGUUCCCUGACCAGGGAUUGAACCCGGGCCCCCUGCAUUGGGAGCAUGGAGUCUUAACCACUGGACCACCAGGGGAGUCCCUCCUGUGACUGUUUUUUUAAAUUAAGGGAUUCAUCGGCAAUCAUAUUUAUAAGAAUAACAGGACUAUCAGAGGAGGAAGCAGCAGUAUUAGUAUCAUUGCAGUGGUUUUUUUUAGACUUCUUUUCUGGCCAGGGUGAGGGGAUGAGGGGUGGAUACAGAGGUCUUUGAUAAUCUGCUGUAAGCAGUGGGUCUUGGAAAAUGCCCAGACAUAGAAUUUUCUGGGUAUUCAGAUGUCCCUAGAAGCCACCCAGAUGAUGAACUGUGUGACAGGACACAAAGCCAGGACUCACAUCCUUUCUGGUGAUGAAAUUGGCAACUCCAUAGCUCCACUUUCCCGACUGCCCUCUGAGACCAACCCCAGGGCCCUUCUCGUGUGAGGACUUUCCAUUAUGAGGGGCCAGAAGGGGGCAGACCCCGGGGGCUGGAAACUUACACCUUAGGAGUUGAACAAAUUUGGAAUUCACCUCUUCUCAAGCCUCUCCUGGUUUAUGGUUUCAGCCACUCCUUAAGAUGCUAUCUGGGUCUGAUACUAUUCUGUCUCCUUUUGCACUGUUGAAUUUUUCCAUAAAUUAAAAAAAAUGUUUUAAAUACGCUAUUUGGGUUUUCCUCCUCGGCUCUCUCGGGUGGGGCUCAGCCCCCUCUUGCCCCACUUUAUAGGGGCUGGUAGCCCCUUUCCCCAGUUUGAAGAGUUAUCUGUAUCUCACGUUGGCACCUCUGUCUCUGAUCACCUCCAGGCCUGGUGACCCUCUGAGUAUUAACUCACGAAAGGGAAAGAUCAACCUCACCUGGGUUUUUGUUGGCUUGUUUUAUGUUUCUCGUUAAAACAUUUGAUUCAACUGCUUUUACGAGCAGAGACCAGACGUUAUUGUAGCAAAUGGCAAUAAAGUCAGUAGAGUUUAUUUUUGUGUUAAGGCCGGUGGUGGGAAAGUGGCUAACUGUGAGGCUAGGGGCAUGGGGUGACAGAAAAUGCAUAAUGGCAUUAUUGGUGACACUGGCUAGAGAUGGAUGCUUGUGAACAAAGAAAACCUUAGCCAUCAGGGUGGGAGGGACCUGGAGAGACUCCUGGAAUAUACUGCCAUCUAGUGGCCUUUCAGGGUAUUGCUACCAGGGCACAAGUGAAGUCCUUCCCGAUUGCUGAUCAUCCCAGGACUCACUAUAAUUGUCUUAAAACUCCCACAAGUUAUGCAGGCUCUUUUUAUUUUUAAAAUUAUUUUAUUUUAUUUAUUUGUUUUUUGGCUGCGUUGGGUUUUCGUUGCUGCGCGUGGACUUUCUCUAGUUGCGGUCAGCGGGGGCUACUCUUCGUUGCGGUGCGUAGGCUUCUCAUUGUGGUGGCUUCUCUUGUUGCAGAGCAUGGGCUCUAGGCACGCGGGCUUCAGUAAUUGCAGCACCUGGGCUCAGUAGUUGCGGCACGCGGGCCCUAGAGCAUGCAGGCUUCCAUAGUUGUAGCUCACCAGGUCAGUAGUUGUGGCUCGUGGGCUCUAGAGCACAGGCUCAGUAGUUGUGGCACAGGGGCUUAGUUGCUCGUGGCAUGUGGGAUCUACCCGGACCAGGGAUCGAACCUGGGUCGCCUGCAUUGGCAGGCGGAUUCUUAACCACUGCACCACCAAGGAAGCCCUGAACACAUAUCCUUUUUUCCUGCCAAGUGGAGUCAAGGAGGCCAGGGUUUGAAUGCUGGCAUAUCCCUGAACCAGUGGGGUGACUUUCAGCAACUUGAUUUACUUCUGAAUGUGUUUGCACAUAUGGAAGGCGAGAAUAACGAUCCUGAUACCCAACAUGGCUGCUGUGAGGAUUCAUUAGUCUAUGGCAAGCAGAGAGCUCAGCACUUGGUAUGGAACAGGGGUGGGGUUAUGGAAUUCAAAAUGAGACAGCUGUAGUUAUUAUCUUACAUGGCUGACCUGCACCCAUCAUACAGAUGUGGCACCAUUAUUUAUAUUGUGGGUCACCCUCUCCAUGUAAGCCCCAUCAGGGAAGGUUUAUGUCUAGCUCGUGGCUGUAUUCCCAUAGCUUAGAAUAGUUCCUGGCACAUAUUAGGUGCUCGGUAAAUGUUGGUUGAGUGAAUGAAUAAGAGAGUCACCUGGAGACCCCACGGGGUGGUUAGAUAGAUAUUGGUGGCAAGUCUAAUGGCCACUGGUUCAGGACUUUUUUUUUGGCCGUGGCCCGUGGCAUGUGGGAUCUUAGUUCCCCAACCAGGGAUCGAACCCAUACCCCCUGCAGUGGAAGUGCAAAGUCCUAACCACUGGACCACUAGGGAAUUCCCCAGGACUUCUUUUUUGCCUUAGAACCUGGCUAGUCUGUGUUCGAAAAGAGCCUUACCUCAUCCCAAAUCAGAGGGCCCCAGACAUUUCCACCAAGCACCCUUUGUCAGGAAAAGUUAUUUUUCUUGGAGAGAAAGCAAGAAGGGAGAGAAUGCCUUGUCUUACCCUCCAGUGACAGAGCCUAAAACACACAUGCCUACAUGGCUCAUGUUCUUGGGAGAGACACACAAUAAUGUGGCAUCUGGAAAAAACCCAGGUCAAGACAAAUUUGUGACAGUUCCUUCUCUGUCUCUGCUUCCCUGUUGAUGAAGUAUAUAACAAAUAGUCCCAUCCAGUUUCCUGCUUUUUCUUCUUUCCAAGAAAAACUGAAAAAAAAUUUAAAGACACCUGGGCAAAAAAAUUCCUAGCUUAUGAACCAGCAUUUCUCCAUUAUAACUUUCUACGAUGAUGGAAAUGCCCUAUAGCCUUGCACUGUCUGGUAUGUUAGCCACCAGGCCCACGUGGCUAUUGAGCAUUUGAAAUGCGGCUGGUGCAAAUGAAGAACUGAGUUUUUAAUUUUGAUUAAUUUGAUUUAAAGAGCCACACGUGACCGGUGGCUACCGAGCAUGGUGGACAGUGGACAAUGCAGAUAGACAGAGGAGGGACAGGAAGGGAGGCUCAAACAGGGGUCAGACCCUGGAAGUCUUGACCAGAAAAGCCUUUCUGUGCUUUUCAACAUGGGUGCACUGUGGUCAGCUUAGAGCAGCAAAUGAAGUCACGUUCCUUUUAAUAUUCAAACCACAUGACUUUGAGCCCUUAUCCCACCUCUCUUUCGUCUCUUGCACAGGUCUCCUCCCUCCUGGGAAAUCUCAUAGUCUCCUUGAGGGCUUCUUUUGCCCAAGGGACAGUCGUUAUUACUCUUACCUCCAGGAGGGAAAACCAGGAAUCCUGGUUCUUUGGCUGCUGCCGCCACCUUGGCCACUAGGUGUCACUAGUGGCCACACAGCCACCUCCAAGCAGAAGGCAGGCACCAGGUUGGGGGUCUGGGGACAAAUAGGGGGUUGGAGGUGGAGAGGAAGUCAGGUUCUGGAGGGGGUGGAACUCAGGCUUAGGAACACAGUAGAGGCACCAGAUCAUGUGUUGAUGUCAGGGAAAUGUACCCAGGAAGCAGGAAGCUGUAUUCCUUGUCUGGUUGUCCUAAGGGAAUCCUUCCUGCCUACAUCCUGCUGAAAGAAGAGGCUUUUGGAGUAUGUACUCUCUUGCCUAGGUGGACCUCAGUAGGCAAUCCCCCUCAUAAAACAAAGUCAUUUGAUGUAUGUGCUCAUCUUGCUGUCUGAGCGCUUCAUCUUCUCUGUGGUCAAUGUAGAAGAGAGAGAUUUCUGGCAGCAGGAGAGGGGGACAGACAUGGGUCCCUGCGCCACCUCCCACUUCUGGUGUGAUUCAUGGGAGCAAUUCGACUCCCCGAACACCUGUACAGGAGAGAAAAUAAGACCUGCCACACAAUUUUGCUGCUUUUGAUUUUCUCUCCAAGAUGAGAUUUUAGUUUCCUGACAACUCAUUGCUCAGCUUACUGACGGGGCUCAACUCUUGCCAGUUGACUGACUACUAGUUUGAGUGUUAUUAAUGUAGCCGGGGGAGAACUGAACUUUCUCUCCUGGUGAGAUUUAAUGACACUCACCCCAGCUGCAACACUGAAGUCAGAGAGACUGACCUCCAACCAGCUACUUCAUUGGAUAUGUCACUUAUUUUGCAUAUGAGGAAGCUGAGGCUUAGAGGAAUUGAGGGCAGUAUCUACCUUUCAGAUGGUGUGAUGGUCAUAUGCCAACUUUGCUGGGACAAGGGGUGCCCAGGUAUAUAUUUGGUCAAACAUUACUCUGGCUGUUUCUGUGAGGGUACUUUGGAUGAGGUUAACAUUUAAAUUGGUAAACCUUGAGUAAAGCAGAUUGCCCUCCACAAUGUGGGUAGGCCUCAUCCAUCAGUUGGAGGUCUGAACGGGACAAAAAGACUGGCCUCUCUUGAGCAAGAGAGAAUUCUCCAGCAGACUGCCUUUGAACUUCAUCACAGCCUUGGCUUUUCCUGGUUCUAAAGCAGACAGCCUUUGGAGUUGAGCUGGAACUUCAGGUCUCCUGGGUCUCCAGGCUGCCAGCCCACCUUGCAGAUUUUGGAAUUGCAAGCUUCCAUAGCUGCAUGAGCAAAUGCCUUAUAAAACACACACACACACACACACACACACACACACACACACCCUAUUGGUUCUGUUUCUCUGGAGAACCCUGAUUACUACAGAUGGCCAUGAGGGCUAACUGAAAUUACAGUGUGAAAGUAUCUAGUACGGUACUCCAUGCAUGGUAGGUGCUCAAUAAAUGCUACUUUGUUUUCUAA